AUGACACGCAUACCUCUACUAAUUGUUCUGUUAUGCACAACUAUACCCUUAUUUCUCACAUACUAUGCCUACCGAUUACUACCGCUGUCCGACAUAUACGCCAUUAGUAUGUGUUCGCCCGCAUUGGUACCGGUGUUGACCUAUUGGUCGCUUCGGGAGUCAGGCAUUACAGCCAUAAAUAUAGGCGCUCUCAUAAUGGCAAUGGCCGGCGCGCUCAUUGCUAUUAGACCUGCAUUUUUGUUCGACCCGUACGCACCUCUAGUUGAAAACGAUCGUACAUUAGGCUUCAUGAUGGUAAUCACCGGUAUUAUUGUAGCCAUACCGUCUCAUGUGUAUACCCAAUCGCUUAAAACCAUCCCGGUGUCAGUGAUUGGCGCGUGGCAGGCGCUUAUAGUAAUUACCGUUUGCGCAUGCGCCAUGCCGUUUGUGAAUGAUAAAGUUUCCAUGCCCGUGGACACCUAUACCUGGUUUAUAUUAUUCGGUCAAGUACAAGGUUACCAGUCGCCCGGUUGGCUAGAUUUAGUUAGAUGCACGCUAAUUGUUAUGGGUUUUGUAUGGGAUAUCACGAAUGUUCAAGACACAAAUUGUGUUCAUUUGAAUGAAAGGAAAUUUAAAUGUAAUGAAGAAAAUUGUGGCAAAAAUUUUAGACAAAAAUCAGAUCUAAUUCGACACAAACGCAUACAUUCGGGAGAAAAACCAUUUGUUUGUAAUUUCAAUGAUUGCAACAAAAUGUUUACCCGAAACACUGAAUUAAAAAUACAUUUGAGAAGACAUAUGAAUAUUAAAAGCCAUAAAUGUAUUCAUAAUAAUUGUAAUCAACAAUUUGUUUCAUCAAGUGCAUUGCAUCAGCAUCUUAGAUAUAACCAUAUUUAA